AUGUACAAAGGAGCAGCUGGAAUGGGAUCUUUCCUAAUUAUAUCUUUUUGUUUGUUGAUUCCACCCUUUUUAUGGCACAUAAGAAGCAGAAAUUUACCUGCUACCAUAUUGAUUUUCUGGCUAAUGUAUGUUGAUUUGACUGGGUUUAUUAGUACCAUGAUAUGGAGUGGUGACAAUUUUGAAGAAGCUUGGGAUGGGCAGGUCUAUUGCGACAUUAUUGGAAAGUUAGAUGCUGGCUCUUCUGUUGGAAAAUGUUGUGCAAUUGCUUGUGUGAUUAUGAACUUGUAUUUUGUUCUAUGUGCCAAACAUCCUACCCUUUUGGAACAAGGUUCUUGGAAAAAAGUUGCAAUAGAUAUGUCAAUUUGCUUAAUAAACCCAAUAUUUGUUAUGGCUGUUCAUUACAUUGUGACAGGAUCAAGGUACGCAAUUGUCAAGUAUCAGGGGUGCAGUACCAUUUACUCAGCUACAUAUGCUUCUAUUUUUUUGGUUUCCAUUUGGACCGUGCUUUGGAGUAUUGUUGCAUUAAUAUUUGCUAUUUUAACUUUAAUCACUUUUUUCAGGAAACGUAAAGACGUCAAGGAUAUCCUUUUGUGUACCAAUUCGGGGUUAAACAUUAAAAGAUUUGCACGGUUACUAAUAUUCUCAUUUCUCAUUGUUUUUGCUAUGGUUCCUUUGUCACUUUAUUACUUUGUUUCUCAAGCUGAAGUUCUGAAAAAUGCCUUCCAUUGGGAUCAAGUUCAUAAUGAAGAGUGGAGUGUCAUUUAUUUCUAUGAUUUUGGGUUUUUCACAUUCUAUGAUAGGUUGGUGAAUUGUAUUCUCUCGGUUCUUGCUUUUAUUAUAUUUGGAUUGGGAUCAGAUGCACUUGAAAUGUAUAAAUCCAUCUUCUAUAAAAUCCAAAACAAAUUUAGAUACAAAAAGACAGACGAUGCAUUUUCCCAAGAACAAGCCAUCAAAGCUAUGGAGCCACAAACUAAAAUUAAUUCCAAUAAAUCUCAAUUCAGUAACACCACAUCUUUCACUAAUACCUCAACAAUGCGUGAUAUCGAAAACCAGUUUGGUGAUGUCAUGCAUCAGAUUAUAUCGGAAGAAAAUGCUAGUUUUAGAUUUGAGAAACAACUCCAAUCAUCACCUGCAACAUUGGUGAAAGAAGACGGAGUCCCUAGAGAAUUACAAUCAAUUAUCAAAGACACCGACUCUUCCAGUGAUCAAAUAUUUUACAAGUAUCAAGUGAAACUGAAAGCUUCUGAUAAGUGA